AUGAAUAGCUGUGGAAUGAAUAGCGGUGGAAUGAAUAGCAGUAAAAGGUCUUCAAAUUUCACUCAACUUGAAGUAAGUGAAUUGAUAUCACUGAUGAAGACAUAUCAAGACAUUGUUGAAUGCAAAAAAAGUGAUGCUGUGACAUGGAGGCAGAAAGAAGAAGCUUGGCAAUCCUUAUAUGAGAAUGUGGAAGAUAUAAUAGUACAACCUUCAACAUCAACAACUACGCCAAGGGCUUUUAAAAGGCCUUUCCCUAAAGAUGUUUCAGAAACAUCUAGUGAUGAUAAAUCAAGGAAAGAUGCCAAUUCACAGGAAAUUUGGAAUUCUUGGACUCCCAUGAAAUUGAAAAAACCUUUGUCCAAAGGUGUUUCAGUCAGAGAACAACAACCUCCAAACCGAAAAACAAAAUUAACGGAAGACUGCAGACAGAAAAUAAAGAGUGUAUCGGAGGCAAAGUUAGAUUUCCUUAGGCUGCAAACAACUUGCCUUAAAGAUUAA